CGCUAAUUCGUCGUAACACUGCUUUUACGACGAAGUAACGAGGAAAACUGCCCUCGUAAAACUUGUGUUUUCUUGUAGUGUUGCUCGUUCUCGACACAUUCUCAUAUGAAGUGGAACCUUCUAUGACUAUGCUUACUUCUACCAUGAAACACAUGAUUAUUUGUGAGAGUGAUUGCAGAUUUAUUAUCAAGUCGUAUAGUCACCUUCUGGCAAUCCUUUCCAACGACUUCAGCCAGGAGUUCUUGGAGCCAAAUAGCCUGUUUAGCAGCCUUAGUUUCUGCCAUAAAUUCAGCCUCACAGGAUGUAGAGCAACAAUCUCUUGCUUCUGAGAACACCAAGUGAUAGGGUUUUUAUCAAGAUAGAAAACGUGCCCAGCGUGCUCUUGCCAUCAUCAUUAUCAACAUUGUGUGAGCUAUCACUAUAACCCACCAAAUCCGCAAUUCCUCCACCGGAAAACACAAGACCAAGAUCACAUGUUCCAUGUAAAUGCCUUAGGACUUGCUUCAGUGCCGCGCGGUGUGACUCUUUGGGCUCCUGCAUAUAUCUACUAAGUACUCCCACACUGAAUGAUAGGUCAGGCCGCGUAUGUAGUAAAUAACGUAGACACCCAAUUCCUCUCUUAAACUCGCCUUCAUCAAUAUUUCGUUCAUCGGGUGCUUUUGACAGAUUCACAUUCAAUUCCAUCGGCACAUGUGAUAGUUUGCAAGCGCUUAACCCGACCUCUUCAAGUAUAUUUCGUGCAUACCUCGCCUGUGUCAGCAUAAUUCCUCCUUUAUACUGAUGUACUUCUAUUCCCAGAUAAUAGGUUAACUGCCCGAGAUCACUCAUCUCGAACUUACUCUAGAUGUCCUUCUUAAACUCGUAUAUCAGCUCAAGCGAUGAUCCUGUAACCAGCAGAUCAUCUACAUACACCACGAGGUCCACGACAACAAGAAGACCUCCCUUAUCUUCUCUUCUGUAUAAUGAAGGCUCCUUAGAACACUUGUGAAACCUCAAACCACGAAGAAUACUGUUUAGUUUAGCAUUCCAUGCCCUAGGGGCUUGUUUCAAACCGUAAAGAGCUUUCCUCAGUUUAUGAAAUUUGUGUUCUUCUCCUGCGACGAUGAAAUCUUCUGGUUGAGCAACAAAUACAUCUUCUCUUAAUUUCCCAUGAAGAAACGCGGUUUUAACAUCAAGAUGAUGUACUUCCCAUGACUUAAAAGCUGCAAGCGCAAUGAUCAAGCGGAUUGUCUCAACACGAGCUACCGGAGCGAAUACUUCAUCAUAGUCAAUGCUGUGUUUUUGAACAUAUUCUUUUUCUACUAACCGCGCUUUGUAUUUGCUGAUGCUACCGUCUGCGUUUCUUUUUAUUUUGAAUAUCCACUUGAGACCAAUAGGUUUUACGCUUGUGGGCAGCUCGACGAGGUCCCAAGUUUUAUUCUUUUCGAUUGACCCAAAACUUUAUUUCUUUAGCUUCGUUGAAAUCUCAAGGUUCGUCAUUGAUGAUCAUCAACAAUCGUUCACCCUCUGCUUCUGUGACCAAUACAUAGUCAUUAAGAUACAUAGGUUUUGUAGUGACUCUGUUCGAUUGUCUUAGUUGGGGUUGUGCUUCAUCUUCUAGUUCAUGAUAAUCGCCACUAUCUUCUUUUUGAUCGUUACCAUCGUUAUGAAGUUGAUCAUCUCCGAUAUCUACAUCAUUCUAGGUGAUAGCAGAAGAACUACCGCUAUUGCUUGAACCUCUUAACGCAACUGUAAACUCUCCUUUCUGAUCAUGUCUUACAUUCGUCACGGGAUCACUCCAAUUCCAUUCUUUUUCUUCGAGGAAGAGAACGUCCCGACUAACCAUGAUCCGUUUGCUUACUGGAUCCAAUAAACGAUAUGCCUUGGAACCAGGUUCCGUUCCUAGGUGCACCAGUGCCCUUGGUCUAUCAUCAAGCUUAUUUCUCCCUACAGCUUCUGUUCUCGCAUAACACACGCAUCCAAACACUUUUAAGUGUUUAAGGUUUGGAUUUCGACUUCUUAAGGCUUCGUAAGGAGUCAUCCCUUCAAGUGACCUAGUCGCAACCCUAUUGAUCAGGUAAGUGGCGUGUCGAGUCGCUUCUCCCCACAGAUAAUUUGGUAGGCUCAUGUGUUUUAGGAAGCUUCUCAUCAUCUCCAAUAAAGUUCGGUUUCGUCGUUCCACCACCUCAUUCUGCUGAGGAGAAUAAGGUACAGUUAAGUGUCUUUUUAUGACGUUUUUAUCACAAUAAUCUUGGAACUCGUGAGAUAUGAAUUCACCGCUCCUAUCCGUCUUGAAAGUUUUGAUCUCGGUUUCAGUUUCUUGUUCAGCAAUCACCUUGAAUCUUUUGAAUUUUUCAAAAGCCUCACUCUUUUCUUUAAUCAAGAUUGUCCACAUAUAGCGUGAGUAGUCAGAGAACAAAUACAUAUUUCUUAUGUGAUGGUGUGGAGGGUGUAAUAGGUCUGCACAAGUCGUUCAAAUGUGUAAUAACAUUGUUCAACUUUUUUAAAGGAAAAAACAAAUUGCAACUAAUUUUACUUCCAAAAUUUAAUGUAAUUAAUUUUACUUCCAAAAUUCAAAUAUAUUGUACAUUUAGUACACAUAUGAGUUAUACAGUACACCUUAUUAUUAUUUUUUGCAUAAAAGUUUAUCAUAUUGUACAUUUAGUACACAUAUGACUAUAUGAGUUAUACAAUACACCAAAUCUUCUAUUCAAGAUUUUAACAAUGCAACUUUAAAAUAUAUAGCUUAGUUUCGUGUUGUCUAGUGAAAAAAAAACAUAAUAAAAUUAUGUAUCAAUUUUAUUGGCAAAGCCAAACAAUUAGAGUGUAGUGGGGUAAUCAUAGUUUAGGUUUCUUGUUCCAUGAAACAAAGUGCAUGUGUUAGAGAGAAGUAAGAGAGAGACAUCUCUGAUAAUACCGCAGUCUUCUUGAACAAACAACUAGCUCACCAAUCACAACUCUGAUUUUAUUCUCUUUGUUCGCUUAAAGCCUGCCUCUUUAGCUCUAUUGAAUCUUUGAUAUUCUUUGGAUCUUUAUUUGAUCAUAUCAUUUCCGACUAAUUAAGUAUAUAAUAUGCCAGUCCACAUUCUGAGGUACGCCACAAGAAAAGGAGAAAUGGAUGAAAAUAUUAUGCGACAGUUUUGUUUUUGUUAAAUCUACGAUAUUACAGAGUUUAUCUAUUUAUAUGCACACAUCUAUUUCAGUAGAACAAAUUAUUCAGGAGUUCACCUUACGCUAAGCCAUUUUGCUUUCAAGUUAAGUUUUUUCUAGGCUUCUUGUUGAUAUAUACUAUUAUUCUUAUCUUGGCAAAAACAUCAUCUGCUUUAGGAGAGGAACAAACGAAGUAUAUAACCCAAAAUAGGGGAAAGAGAAUAAAGAAAAAGAAGUAGCAAUUGAGUGUUUGGUGUAUCCAGUUGUUUUGUACCUUUCUGAUUUUUGCUUUAAAAAUAUUUUGAGUUAGAGUUUGCUUCUUUGACUGAUCAACUGAAUCUCUCGCUCCCCAAGCCAAAGAAAGAACACAAGAUGUUGCUUUUGAUCAUUGCCAAGAAUUUCACUUCGCAAUUCCCUUUAUCUUUACACUUUUUUUUUCAUUCCUAGCUUAAACAGUACUAGUUCUCCUUAUUUCUAACAUACAAAAGCUCAUAUUUAGUCUUUAUAUUAAAGAAGGCUCAGUAUUUGGUUCUAGUUUCCAGUUCCGAGAGUAGAAAAUGACACUUUUAUAAAACGACAAACAAGUCUCGAUAUUGCUAUUUUCAAGAUGUGCAACUAGAGCAUUUGAAAAUGGUUCCAUUUCUAUUCUCUUAAGAAAUGUAAUUAAUUUUUAAUAAAUAUAUAAAUUGGGUCUUUGGAUAUUUUCUUGAGAUAGCUUUGAAUACAUCAAAUAUACACAUACUUAUAAGAAAUAUGCAAAUGCCUUCGAAUAACUUAGACAUUUCAGUACAAAGUUUCACACGAUCUGAAAUUAUCUAUGUACCAAAAACACAAAAUUCAAGAGCGGAUAGCAUAGCACAUAGUGUCAGGAAGUAACCGUCGUUUGUCGUUCACAUGGAUUAAGAUCUUCCGGAGUGGUUCAUAGAGUCAGUAUGAGUCUGUAGUUGAUGAUAAAAAAAAUAACUCGUCACUUCAGUGAUUUUUAUAAAUUAAAUAACUAUUAGUAUAAUUAUACAUGGUAUUUCACAGAAGAUAUAAACUGUAUGCAAAUGAAUCACAUAUUUCGAGUUGGAUUUGUGUAAGAAAUAUUGUAAUAAACCAUCAAUCUUAAGAUUUUAAAAUGUCAUUUUAGAAUUAACUAAAUUGGGUUACAAUUCAAUACUGUUUUCCACCUUUUGUUUUCUGACCAACUGUAAAAUUCAUAUAAGUAGUAUUAGCUAUAUUUGAGUUCAAAUGGUUCUAAUUAGUAAAAUUAAUUGAACAUAAUUGAAUAUAAUAAUUUAUUUUCCAAAAUAUUGUCACAAUUUUAGCUUUUUAGUGGAUUAGUUGAUUCUUAUAAAAAAAAUUUCAACUCAAAUGGUGAUCUCAAAUAUUACAGGAACGGUUAGUUCAACUAAUUUUUGUUCAAUAUAUAAAAUAAAAAUCGAAAAUUCGUAAUUCUACUAAUUUUUAUCCCUCUAAGAAUACAACCAUUUGAACUCUUCCAUUUGGAAAAAAAAUAAAAAAAGCUCUUCCAUUUGAACUCUUUCAUUGGUUUAGAUGUCCGCGGAAAGAUUGAGUCGGAUGAUUAAAAAGAGCAAUGAGUGAAAGGAGCUUCGUAAUCGGAGAGAGACCAAUUCCUUAGAAGACCGUGACACUGUCAUUCACGUGGGCCUCUUUUGACCAACUCUCCCGACACUAUAUCUACUGGUGGCAUUAAAUAUUAAACUUGGAAUUCUUUAACUUCAUUCAAAUUUCACUGUAUCUUGCUUAAGAAUGUUUAAACUUUUAUAGUUUGCGUUUUGUCACUUUUAUUUGAAACAAACAUAAAAGGAAACAACUCAUUCAAUAAAUUAUAUACAAGUAAAACUUGUUUCCUAAAAAAUAAAAAUAAAAAAUUUGUUUCCUAAGACCAUCUCCAACCCAUUCCUAUUUUUAUCUCUAUAUUUUUCCUUAAAAUAGAAAAACUCUAUUAUAAAUGUGAAAAUGUUCCAAUGUAUGCCUCUAUUUAUAGGAAAAAAUAUAGAGAUAUGCUAUUUUCACCUCUAAAUAUAGAGAUAAAAGUAACUUUCCUCUAUAUUUUCCUUUAAAAUAGAGGAAUUCUAUUAUAGAGUCAUACAUUAGAGUAUUUUUUUUCCUCUAUAAUAGAGAUCUAUAUUUUAGAGAAAAUUAUAGAGGUGUGUAUUGGAGAUGCUCUAAGGUAUUCAAUAAAACUGAAAUGACACAAAUUUUUUAGAUGCUCUAAUUAUUUUGAUAUUUUUUUUUUGAAGAAAUAAAAGGUUAAACCCGGGUCUAUUAAAGAUACAUACCUAAUCUCCGGGUGGGAGGUGCAGCCCACGACAUACCAUCUCCCGGGUUUUCAUAUGGACGUAUCCGCAGUUGUGGUAAGCAGAACAAUGUGACUUAGUUUCCGCAGUAGGAGGAUCGAACCAGGAAUGUAUUUGCAUCCAAGGUCCGUCCACUACCACAGGAUCACAAGGCCCGCUCAAUUAUUUUGAUAUUGAUAUAAAAGUUAUUUGUUUGUGUUGAGGAAAAAAAUCUUACAUAUUUGUUCAGGUUUCAGAUGUUCAUUCAUAAGCAUAAAAUUCCAACAUCGAUUGUUGAAAAAUAGUGAAAUAAAAUAAAAGAAUAAUUUAUUCAUUUUAAUUGUUUUUUGAAAAUAUUUUUAAUUGGUUUUGAGUUAGAAGUUGAUGAUAAACAAAAACUUAACAGUUUGUACCCCAAGAAUGUUAAACUGUUUUGCUGUAAAUAAAAGGUAAGAGUGUUAAACAAAACAUGUAUCUAGUUUUGAAUAUAAGAACUGAAAAAGUGGUGCUCCCACUACUUAACCCGUAGUAUAUUGUUAUUGCUGGAGAGCUUGAGAUUAACUAGUAACCACUGUAGCAUAUUGGCCGCGUGGAAAACAGAGUUACGAAUAAUUUGUUCCGUACCCAAAAGGGCAAGAACUCGAUUAAAAAAAUAUUGAGUUGAUUAGCCCUUGAGAAUAUCCAUUGUAGAAGUGUUGCUUUCUUUAGAUAAAGUAACAAAUAUGUAAUCGUCACUACAAUAGAUUCGAUCAUACCAAUCCCUUUUGUCGUUAAGUUUCCAAAGGGUAUCUAUAUAUAGGUAGCCAUGUCACAGUUUGUACCUUAUACUUACUCACAAAGCAACCAGAAAAAAAAACACACACAUCUCUAAUUUUCUCGCACCCAAAACCUCUAUUUCAUGAUGGGAUACCAAACAAACCCUAAUUUCUCCAUGUUUUUUUCCUUGGAAAAUGACGACCAAAACAAUCAAGAUUAUAAUUCUUAUAACAGUCUCUCUUCAUCAACUUCUGUUGAUUGCACUCUUUCACUUGGAACACCGUCCACUCGUCUAGACGACCACCGCAGAUAUUCUUCCGUUAGUUCUAACAUGUCCGGUGAUUACUUCUAUCACGGAGGAAGCGCUAAAACGACGUCGUACAAGAAGGGCGGCGGUGAUCACAACUUACCUCGCCGUUGUGCUAGCUGCGACACAACUUCUACUCCUUUAUGGAGAAACGGACCAAAAGGACCCAAGUCGUUAUGCAAUGCGUGUGGAAUCCGAUUCAAGAAGGAAGAGAGGCGUGCAGCCGCCAGAAACUCAAUAACCUCCGUUGGUGGUUCAUCGGCUGCGGAAAUUCCGGCUGGUGGAAACUAUUACAAUCAUCAUCAUCACUAUCCUUCGUCGUCGCCGUCGUGGGCUCAUCAGAACACACAAAGAGUUCAGUACUUCUCGCCGGCGCCGGAGAUGGAAUAUCCGUUCGUUGAUGACGCCACGGCUGCCUCCUUUCUGUCCUGGAACUGAUGUUAGGUAUUAGCGAGACAAGAAGAACCGUUAAUCAUGGACGAUGAUGAUGAAAGGUCCUAUACCAUAGAUUAUCACCCAAAGUAAAUCAGGCUGGUCAAAUUCAUUUUAUUUUGUUUUUAUUUAUGUGUUACCUCGACUCUAUCUAUUUGUGUUUUCUUUUCAUGAAUUUUUGAAAGUUAUAUAUAUAUAUAUAUACGUACUGUUUUCUUUUCUUUUA